AUGGGGAUUCUCGUCUUCUUUCUUGUAAUCAAGGCCACUGUCCUAGUUUCCGGCAUCUCCGUGGCCUACAUAAUUGAGCUACCGGGUGGAGGAUUGGGUGGUUUCAACCCACCAGCCUCAGAUAUUAGCCUGGUGAACGACGAGUGCUGGGAAAAAAUGUUGUGGAGUGUAUAUUUGUUGGUGGUCUGCUGUGCAGCGACCACGCUGGCAUACAAAUCGUAUGAAGGGUAUCAUGUCAUUCGUACAAAGGAAUUGCAAUCUAUUGACGAGGUGAAGAACGUGUUGCCGCUCACCAAGUUGAACGAUUAUAACUUUUUCAUCAACCCUCGUAUUGGUUCCGUGGUUGAAAUUUUAGUGGGGCCUGAACAAACUGAACACUUGCAAAACACUUUAACAACGCUUGGCCUAGCCCCUAGAGUAGUCGUCGAAAAUUUUGAGAGAGAAUUGAGGAAGGAGAGGAAGCAAAUCGAAGAAUUUUCCUUACAGCGUAACUUACUUCCAAGUGAGCGCUAUCUGAAUUUUGAUGAGAUAAUGGAAUAUAUCGAGUUGGUUGCAACAACUCAUCCAGAAAUCGCGACUAUCAUCAAUAUUGGAAAUUCCUGGGAAGGACGGCCGCUCCGAGUCCUUAAACUGUCCAACGGUCCUGGAAAGAAAGCCAUUUUAAUGGAAAGCCUAAUUCAUGCACGCGAGUGGGUUGGCCCACCCACUAUUCUUCACGCAAUUCAUGAGCUGACGAGCAACUUGCUAGAAAACCAGGCCCUGCUCGACGCUAACGACUGGUAUUUCCUCCCAGUGGCCAAUCCCGACGGCUACGUUUACUCCUGGACGGAGGACAGGCUUUGGAGGAAAACUCGCAGACCCAAUAAUGACUCUGAUUGCGUGGGGACAGAUCCGAACCGUAACUUUGAUUACAAGUGGCAAGAUGGAACUACAGACAAGUGUAGCGGAAGUUAUCAUGGGAGCAUGCCGUAUUCAGAACCAGAAUGUGAAGCCAUUGCAAAGUUUAUACUAGACCACAAGGAAAUUACUUUCUACCUCGCGGUACACAGCUAUGGACAGUUGAUUUUGCUACCAUGGGAGGCGGAAAAUCAACAAAAUAAUGAUUUGAAAAGUGUUGCCGAGGACGCGAAACAAGCGAUAGCUGCUGUGAAUGGAACGCAGUAUAAAGUUGGAACUGCUCAUGGAGUGUUAUCUUAUUUUGCACACGGAACAAGCUUCGACUGGGCUUAUGCCAAAGCUGGCAUCCGUUUGUCUUACACGAUUGAACUUUCGCCUAGCUUUGAGAAAUAUAACGAGCAAAAUUUCAUCAUGGACAGCAAACAACUUCCAUUAAUUAAUGCAGAAUGUUGGGAAGCCUACAAAGCUUUUGUUACGCACUUGCCUAAGACAAGAAGGGAAGAAUCGGAGAUUGAAGAUGUAAAUUCAACUACAGAAACUACAACUUUUGGUUGACACUUACUUAGUACAUUAUUUUGUAUUUUUUGCAUUAAAUGGGCUAUGAGCGUGAAUCUCGAUUAUACAGCCUUGUUAAUACAUGAACAAUAAAAAUAAAGAUGAAACUUGAGAAUUAUCACACAA